AAAAAAACAGAGCCUGCCUUUGCUGGUACCGGAAGUGGUGGAUGAGCUAGCUUUCUUAGCUAAAUAGUUCUAGUCGAUUAGGUUAGAUUGGCUUUUAUCUCGGUAGUUAAGAUGGGACUGUUCGGUAGAACACCAGAUAAACCACCAAAAGAUUUGGUCAAUGAAUGGUCUCAGAAAAUUAGGAAGGAAAUGAGAGUGAUUGACAGACAAAUCAGAGAUAUUCAAAGAGAAGAAGAAAAGGUGAAACGAUCCAUUAAAGAUGCUGCCAAAAAGGGCCAGAAAGAUGUCUGUGUGAUCCUUGCCAAAGAGAUGAUUCAGUCAAAGAGGGCUAUAUCAAAACUCUAUGCUUCUAAAGCUCAAAUGAAUUCCGUGCUUCUAAGCAUGAGGAAUCAGCUGUCUGUGGUGCGUGUAGCUGGUUCUCUGCAGAAGAGCACAGAGGUCAUGAAAGCCAUGCAGAGUCUAGUCAAGAUCCCUGAGAUCCAGGCCACCAUGAGAGAGCUAUCAAAGGAGAUGAUGAAGGCUGGCAUUAUUGAAGAAAUGCUGGAAGACACAUUUGAGAGUAUGGAAGAUGGGGAAGAAAUGGAGGAAGCAGCAGAGGAGGAAGUUGACAAGAUCCUCUUUGACCUCACAGCAGGAGCUCUUGGCAAAGCACCAAAUAAAGUCACAGAUGCCCUGCCAGAAUUGCAGCCUCAAGGAGCAGCUGCAGCAUCAGACGAAGAGUCGGAGGAGGACAUUGAAGCGAUGCAAUCCAGAUUGGCAGCUUUGAGGAGCUAAGGUGAACUGCAGCUCCAGUUUUUUCAGUUGGCUGUUGGAUAAAGACAAUUUUUUUUGCGA